UUGAAGCAAGUUCGACAUCCACAUUAUAUCAAUGCAUGGACUAUUCGAAGACGCGCAUGCUGUAUAUAUCGUGGCCGACCACGCCAAAGGUGGCGUUGUUUCAACAGCUACUACGCAAAGGAUCAUAUACCGAGCGAGACGCCUCGAAUCUGGUGCGACAAAUAUUAGAAGGAUUGGCUUACCUCCAUGAACACGAUGUAAGUGGUUUCUAUAUAAAUUGCAAAAAUAAGUCGAACGCAAGUGAUUUUUUUUUAUAAAAGUGGAAGAAUUAAGCACAUGUGUUGGAUUUCUCGUUUUCGCGCACACUCAUACUAUGUUGCUAUUCAUAACAGCUACUGUUUGAAACAACCGAAAACGAAGAUUGAUUGAUGAUCACAGACUUUGGCUUGUCAAGGAUUAUCAAAGACCAUGACGGUAUCUUGAUGACGGCAUGUGGUACACCGGGCUAUGUAGCUCCAGAAAUCCUUUUGCGCACUGGCCAUGGUACACCUGUGGAUAUAUGGAGUGUUGGCGUGAUUACAGUAAGCUCUUUCAUAGCUAUAUGUGUAUCGAUAACGGUUAUCACAUCACCUAUAGUACUGAAAACGCCCUUUUUACCCGCUUUAGUAUACCUUACUUGGCGGAUACACGCCAAUCUGGGGAGCUGAUGAGGCCACCUUGUUUGAUAGCAUUAUUCGAGGACACUAUGAAUUCGAUGAAGAAUAUUGGAGCGAUAAUCCUGCAUCAGGUAUUACUUUUUGUCUGUGUAUUCUACACGCUUUCGUGGUGAAAAGGAAUUAUUGACAGUGGGGAGAGGGGUAUAGAAGCUAAAAACGAUGACUAGUCGUAAUCAUCACUAAUAAUAUCUCAUCUCAAACUUCUCCAUGUUUUUAUUUUACUGAUUGAUGCUGACGAUGGCUUAUAUAGCAAAGCAUCUAAUAGAUUGCAUGUUGCAACUAGAUCCGGAGAAGCGGAUUACGGCGACCGAAGCAUUACAGCAUCCAUGGAUCUCACAAGGCCGUGCUAGUGCUACAGA